CAGCCGGUGUAGGGAGGGGAGUUAUUUUUUGCACGAAUUUCCUUGAAUUCAGAAAUGAAUUCAGUUUGUUUUGUCUCAUUCUAGCUUCAUUAUCAGAUUAAAGUGUCAUCUACGUGGACAAAAAGAUCGUAAUUAUCUUAUGCACCGUUUUAUAAUGUGAAAUACUAGUGUCGUAAAUAAAAACGAACUUUUGUUUUUUACUAAAAGUAAGUACACACAGGCAAAGGUCAAACUUGUUGAUACAGCUAAAAUUAAAGUUUUCACGUUUGUGUGCGUGGGAAACGUGCUGUGCGACGCUUGUAUGUGUGUAACAACGUCAAAAUUCUUGGAAUUUGCUACGGACGGGAACGGGAGUUAUUGCGGGUCCGCUCGAUACAGCAGGAACGAAAUCUUCUAAGGACAUCUUUAAAUCAAACCGUCCCGUAUUUAAAAUAAAUCCACAAUGACGCUGUGGACGCGAGCACAGCAGCUGCCCCCUGAGUGCCUUCAAAAGGUACGAAUGAUAUACGUGGAUCAUUUCCCGAUUGAAGUGAGGCAUUGUUUGGCGUCUUGGAUCGAGAGCAGAAUAUGGACCGCGGAGCCGGAGGACCAGCAGCGUUCGUUCGUUAACGAACUCGUCCAGGAGAUCCAGACGAACGCCGAUCUGAUGCUGUCCCCGGACAUGUUCGUUACGAAGAUGAAGCUUCUCGAAGCGGCGAAGAACUUCCACAUGCAGUACAGUCACGCCCCCCAGGAGCUGUACGCUUACAUGAGGCGUUGUCUCGCCUUAGAGAUGGAGGUCAUACAGAACGCGAUGGGCACUCCGUACGUGGCCCAGCCUCACACCGAGAGGAAGUACAGCGAGCUGAUCACGGGCCUGCAGACUGUAAGGCAAAAGGUGAACAUAGCCGGCGAGGAAAUCCGCAGCCUCCAGGCCAAUAUUGAAUCCCUGUCUCUGCAGUACCACGAGUGCUUGAAGAACAAAGGUCACAUGAACUACCUCCAGCAGCAGACGGUGACCACCGAGCGCCGCGACCUGGUGGCCUGUCUGCGCGGACAGAUCGAGGACACGGAGAGGAAACUCAACGCGCUGGUGGCGCAGAUCACUCAAUCUCAAAUGGAGCUGGUGGACCACAUGAAGGAGAACAUCACGAACCUGAGGCAGCUGCAGAGCCAGGUGUUGGACGAUGAGCUCAUCAAAUGGAAAAGGGAGCAACAGCUGAGCGGCAACGGGGUCCCGAUGCAGUCCAACCUCAACACGAUCCAGGAGUGGUGCGAGCUGCUCGCGGACCUCAUCUGGACCACGCGCCAGCAGGUCAACAACGUGGCGCGCAUCAACAGCAAGACCAUCGUGGAGCUCCGCCAGCCGCACCUCGCCGAGAUGCUGGACGACAUGAGCAAGCAGGUGACGGGGCUGCUGUCCACGCUGGUGACGUCGACGUUCGUCAUAGAGAAACAACCCCCUCAAGUAAUGAAGACCAACACGCGAUUCACGGCAACUGUUCGUCUGUUGGUUGGCGGACAGCUCAAUGUAUACAUGACCCCGCCGCGCGUCAGCGUUGUGAUAAUAUCGGAGCAGCAGGCUCAGCUUUUACUGAAGAGCGACACGCAGGCCGGCAAGGGCAAGCAGCCCGUGGAGUGCGGGGACAUCCUCAACAACACGGGCACCAUGGAGUACCAGCCCACCAGCCGACAGCUCAGCGUCAGCUUCAGGAACAUGCAGCUGCGCAAGAUCAAACGCGCCGAGAAGAAAGGCACCGAGAGCGUUAUGGACGAGAAGCUGACGCUGCUGUUCCAGUCGCAGUUCAACGUGGGCGGCGGGGAGCUCGUCUUCCAGGUUUGGACCCUGUCGCUUCCGGUUGUGGUCAUAGUCCACGGCAACCAGGAGCCCCACGGGUGGGCCACCGUCACGUGGGACAACGCCUUCAGUCCCCCGGGCAGGGUGCCCUUCGCUGUCCCCGACAAGGUGACCUGGGGCCAGCUCGCGGAGACCCUCAGCCUCAAGUUCAGCUCGGCCACGGGAGGGUCUCUCUCGGAGGACAACCUGAGGUUCUUGGCUGAGAAGAUAUUCAGAACUAGUCUCCCGCUGAACACCAUGGAGCUAAACGCGAUGGCGGUCAGCUGGACCCAGUUCUGCAAGGACGCGCUGCCGGAGAGGAACUUCACGUUCUGGGAGUGGUUCUACAUGGUCGUCAAGGUCACCAGGGACUACCUGCGGACCCUGUGGUGCGACCGCUUAAUAAUGGGCUUCAUACAGAAGAAGCAAGCUGAGGAUAUGCUGUCCAAGUGUCCGCCCGGGACCUUCCUGCUGCGGUUCUCGGACUCCGAGCUGGGAGGGAUCACCAUCGCUUGGACCGGAGACGGCAACGAAGUAUUCAGCCUGCAGCCCUUCACGUCGCGCGACCUCAUGCUGCGCUCGCUGGCGGACCGCGUGUUCGACCUCACGCAGCUACAGUUCUUGUACCCGAACGUUCCCAAAGACGACGUCUUCUCCAAAUAUUACACCAAACCUGAAAACGAAAUGUUAAAGAACGGCUACGUGAAGCCCGUGUUGGUGACCACGCUGCCCCCUUACAUGUCGUCGUCGCCCGCCUACGCGCACUCCCCGGACUCGCACCGGAACACGCCCAGCGUCAACAGCAGGUACAUGAUUGACUUGAUAUGAUUCUUUUGAAGAUUUUCUUUCCCUUUGGUUUUUUUUAAUUUAAUUUAAUAUUUUAUGUUAAUGAUUAUUAUUAUUUUUAAUUUUCUUUUAUAGCAUAGUCACAUCCUUUAGUUUUUAAUUUAAGUUAGUUUUUAUUUGUCACGCAAUAUUCUCAUAGAUUAAGUUUUUUUUUUUUUAUUAAAUUUAAGUUUUUUUUUAUACGAAAUAAGACUUAAAACGUACAUUCUUGUAUUAUUAUUAAGAUGUAAUUUUUUUUUCAAUUUUUUUUAGCUGCGGAACAACGAUACUGCAACUUUAAAAAAAAAAAAAAAACAAGAAAAAAAAAAUCUCGAAAUACUUGUUAAUGUAUAGUAGUUAGUUAACUUAAUGUUGUGUGACGCGUCCGCUUGGCGACAUCUAUGAAUGCGGCUUCGAUAGUCCGAUUUAACUUUAGAAGGGGGAGGGGGGACGCACAGCUCCGCGGUCCCCCCACAUCAGACCUGCUGGUAUCUGGUCUUUGUUCCGACUGGUGGCCCCCAGCUUGAUUCCCUGCGGACAUGAAGAUCAUAACAAUAUAUUCUAUCUAUUAAAAUGAUAAUUCGUUCAGUGUGUGUUCAAAAUCACUGAAUAACUCGAAUAAUUAUUUGUAUCAAACUUAAACACGAGACCUGGCAUGUCGCGCCAGCGGUAUGGUCUGUGGUCGGCUCGGCGUGCGUUGUGGCCCCAAAUGACGUCAUAAGUGGUGAACUUGUCAAUUGAUCAAUCGCUUUGUCGCACAUGUCGCAUGACCCCGUCCAUAGAUGUAACGAGCCGAUGCAAGUCUCGUUUAAUUGUAAGUGUCGUAAUUUUUAAGACGAUAUUAAAUCGAUCGGGCACAAAAAAAGAAUUGAGCAGUAUUAUUUUGAGAAAAUAAAAAAAAAUAAAAAAAAAAUACACAAAAAAAAUAUCAAUGCAUUUAAUUAUUAUUUUUUUGCAAACGUCAAAUAAACAAUUUUAAUUUUUAAAUAAUUAUUAUACAUUUUUUUAGUAUAUAAUUACAUUAGCUAAUACUAGCUAAUGUAAAUUUUGGGAAUUUUUCAUACGAAAAAUUCCCAAAAAAUCGAUUUCUCCCGAGUGAUAUAAUGUAAUUGUAAUUGUAAUUUAGUUACAAAACAAAAUGAUCUCUAAAGCACAUAUCAAAUUUUGUUGAACGAAAAAAAAAAUAGGGAAGGGCAACAAAAAUAAUUCCGGUCCAGGGUGUCUUUUAGAGGGGUGAAAUUUACGAAUUUAUUUCAAUCGAAUAUGAUAAGAUGCGAGUAGCCUUCCUUCUAUAACGCGGUAGAUACAACGUCCCGCGUUGUGUGAAACCGCGUUUGAUACUACAAGCCUGUACAGAAAUGACGAGUAAUUUCUCCGAAUGAAACAUCUCGACUAUGCCUGUAUGCAUUUUUUAAGUAUUAUACACAUAAAAAAUAUAUUGUUUAUUCAAAGUGUGUAUAUUAAAUGUUUAAAUUAAGUGUGUAAAUUUCAAAAUAAUAUUAAAAACAAAAAUCUCGUUAUCGUGUUGUAGAAAAACCGUGUUAUAAAAAGGUUUUGGGAAAUUACUGGUAGAAGGACGUGUUGUGAGUCCGCGCGGGUAGGUACCACCGCCCUGCCUAUUUCUGCCGCGAAGCAGUAAUGCGUUUAGGUUUGAAGGGCGGGGCAGCCGUUGUAACUAUACUGAGACCUUAGAACUUAUAUCUCAAGGUGGGUGGCGGCGAUUGUAGAUGCUAUGGGCUCCGAUAACCACUUAACAGCAGGUGGGCAGUGAGUUUGGUAAAUAAAAAAAAAAUUCGUGUAUAGUGAAACCGUGUUGUAAUUUACCGCGUUAUAGGAGGGUUAUUUAUAUAUAUACAUAUAUAUUAAUACUCAAAUCUAUCGCUUAUCAUCCGUCGUAUGCCCAUACUAAGUCGAGAAUCAACUGAUGAGUUGAAUGAUGAUGAUGAACUAUGAAUUUAAAUGUUGGCAUUUCAACUAAAACUAGUUAUUUAUGUAUAAAUAAAUAUAAAUAUAAAUGUAAUAAAAUAAAAUAUAGUGACCAUGUCACUUACCACUACACCAGACGGCCGUUAAAUGUAUGUAUGUCGUUAAAUGUAUUUCGAUAGAAUCUAGUAACAAAUUUAACAUUUUAUCUACACAAUUGCAUUUGCAUUGUGUUUUCUAGACGAUUCAAAUAAUACAUGUUCUUAAAAUCGUUAAUAAAAAUGGCCAAAAAAAAAGUGCAGUGGAGUUUCCAUUUUUUUUUAUAUGCAUACUUUUUUUUUAGUAUAAACGCGACUGUAACAAAGAAAAUUAAUUGAUGAUUUGAAUAACUUUUAAAUGUUCUUAUAUGAACCAGAACUAUUGCUGUGAAAUAAUAAUAAUAUUAAAAUAGGCCAAAAUAAUAAGAAAAGUGCAGUGGAGUUUCCAUUUUUUUUUAGUAUAAACGCGACUAUGGUAACAAAGAAAAUUAAUUGAUGAUUUGAAUAACUUUUAAAUGUUCUUAUAGUGUGAAAUAAUAAGAAUAAUAAAAUAAGCUAAAAAUAAUAAGAAAAGUGCAGUGGAGUUUCCAUUUUUUAUUAUAUGCAUACAUUUUUUUUAGUAAAAACGCGACUCUAUUGUAACAAGGAAAAUGAAUUGAUGAUUUGAAUAACUUUUAAAUUUUGGCAUAUGAACCAGAACUAUUACUGUGAAAUAAUAAUAAUAUUAAAAUAGGCCAAAAAUAAUAAGAAAAGUGCAGUGGAGUUUCCAUUUUUUUAUAAGCAUACUUUUUUUUAGUAUAAACGCGACUCUUAUGUAACAAGGAAAAUGAAUUGAUGAUUUGAAUAACUUUUAAAUUUUCGCAUAUGAACCAGAACUAUUACUGUGAAAUAAUAAUAAAAUUGGCCAAAAAAAAAAAAACUAAGAAAAGUGCAGUGGAGUUUCCAUUUAUGAAUAUAAAUAUAUAUUUUUUAAUUAAGCGCUACUCUGUAGCUAUAAAGAUCUUGACCGUUACGAAAACGGUUUCAUUAAGUUGUAAUAGACAUUAUAGGUGUAAUUAAUUGUAAAUUUAAUUAUUUUGGGUCGUUCUCUGGACUGUCUUUUGUUAUUAACAUUUUUUUUACAUGUUACAUUUAUUUUACAUAUACCUAUGUAUUAAAAAAAAAAAAAAUUUUUUUUAAAGCCAAGAAAAUAUUUUGGGAUCAAAUAAACAAUUUUUUUUUUAAAUAUAAUUUCGGUGCUAAGUAAAAAUGAAAAUGUUAGAAUUUCUUUUUUUUUUUGACAUGACAUUAACUUUUGAGUAGAUAAUUAAGUGGCUUAUACAAAAUAUAAAUAUUGUGGAGUGAAAGACUGUUUGGAUUGAAUGACAUUUUUGAUACUUCACAGGAGAGCCAUUUAAAGUUUGAAAUUUGAACAAAAAAAAAACCUUGAGCUAUUCAAAUGGAGUAAACUUAAUUGAAGUUCAAUUAAAAACAUCGAACUGUUGAUGCUGAUACCAAAUAAAACGGACCUUUAAUUACAAAGAUAAAUGUCGCUUGAAUCAAAUAGCCCUUCACUCUUCGAUGUAUAUAUGCAUAUAUACAUAUAAGGCCGUCAGCGCAAAAGGGCCUAACCCGCAAUUUUUCAUAAUCAUGUUUAUAAUUAUGUAUAUUGUAAUUGAUUUAAAAUAUAUCAAACUAGCGACCCGCCCUCGCUUCGCUUCGGAAACUGUAAUUUAUUAUUGAUUUCUCCACUAUUUAAUGGAUGUUAUUAUACAUAUAAACCUUCCUCUUCAAUUACUCUAUCUAUUAAAAAAAACCGCAUCAAAAUCCGUUGCGUAGUUUUAAAGAUUUAAGCAUACAUAGGGAUAUAGGGACAGAGAAAGCGACUUUGUUUCAUACUAUGUAGUGAUUUUGAUGCAAAACCGACCUACCCAUAGUUUCACCCAUAGAUAACAGAUGGCUUUGUAAACGUUACUUUUACGCGUCUUGUUUUUUUUUUUCUACUCAAAUUCAAAUUCAUAAAAACUUAAACCUCAUUGCUCCAUAAUAACUAUGAUAAGCUUAGGCAACUUUUACGCUGACGGCCUUAUAUACGACAUAUAUAUAAAAUCUCUAGGUUAGAACUCUGUUCUGAUGAGUUGGGAGUAUCAUAGGACUAUUAAAACCAAAAUUAGUUAUUAAAAAAGCAUUUAAAGAAACUCAGGGGGCUGUGUCUGUGGAUUAAUUUAAUUGCCGAAAAAAAAAAUUUCUAAAAAUUGAGGCCACAGACUGAACAGCGACAUGGAAAUUUGACAUUUCGUUGGACAGUUGGAUUUUCUAUUCUAUUUUUUUUUAAACCAUUAUGUAUGCGAUAGUCAUUUGUGCCCUCAGGAAAUGUUUGAGGUUGAUCAUUAACUUAAAAUGUUACAAUUAAUUUCGUAGAAGAGUAUUUCCAUGAACCAUAUGUCGUCCUAUACAUCUGAAAGCUCAUUUACCGACCUGAAAGCUUUCUGAACUCGCCAACCCCAUCAGAACGGAGUAUCGAAUGUUCUCAACACGUUAAACGGAUGUGACUAUAUUUAAGUUUAAUGAUUAAUUUAAGAAUUUAAUUAAAUCAAAACAACACUGUAUUUUUUUUUUUCGAGCAAAAGUUAGUGUUUGUCGAUAUAAAAAUGAAAAAUGUGUCGUCAAGUUGAUUAUUUAAAUUAAUAAUAAAAAUUGUAUUUGUAUUGAAUUUGCCGACCGUACCGUCUCUAUCUCGAGUGUCGAUUCAGACGUGCGUCGUCGCGACCCACUGAGAAGAUCCGGCAAGAAACUCAAUGGGCUGUGUCUGUGGGUUAAUUUACUCGCGUUUCCGAUCCGGUGGUAGAUUCUGCGAAGCACGGCUCUGGCUAGGGUUCGUGUCAGCAACGUCGUCAGGUUUGUGCCCCGUGAGUUCACCUGCCAGUUCGGCGAAUCUAGAAUAACCCCUCGAGGUUACUAGAAUAGGUAGGGAAAAAAAUUAAGAAUCGUCAGAUUUAUACCUCGCCGGAUUUUCUCAGUGGGUCGCGAUUCCAAUCCGGUGGUAAAUUCAGCGCUGCUCUUGCUGGAGCUAGUGUUAGUAAAUUAUCUCAGGUUGAGCCCGUGAGCUCACCUACCGGUCCCUAGUUGAGAUAGCCUCCUAGACUAUCAGCGAUUAUAUAGACAAAAAAGUCUAUCAUAACGAAUGGAAGAUUUUUCCGCACUUAACACACGAAUUAAUAUCGGUUUUACUAAAUCCGACGCUAGUUGAUUGAUACUCGAGAAGGACGCCCAAGAUUUUAUAUCAUGACACUAGUUUUAAUAAAUGUAAUUAAUUAAUUGAUUAUUCCGCAAUAAAUUAUAUGUAUGUGCGAAAAAAAAAA